AUGCCCGCCUCAAAUGACGUUCCCUCUUUCCCAAAUGAAUCUACAUCAAAGCCAACCGGGACUACAACACUCAUAGUCAACUUGGACGAAUCCAAAUCCACCGUCCCUCUAUGGAAGCACAUAUGGCAACACAGUUUGACGCAGAUGCUUCUCAUGAGCAUCCAAGCAUUCUGCGGACCUGCCAUGGGCGAUGCUAUCGGCGGCCUCGGCGGCGGUGGCCUCGCAACCCCCCACAUAUCAAACAUCGCAUCUGCAGUCGGAUAUACCUGCAUCGCAGUCACCUGCUUCUUAGGCGGUCCCAUCACCAACAAACUCGGGACAAAGUGGGCUCUAGUGGUGGGCGCAAUGUCGUUCCCCAUCCGCGGCUCAUCAUACUACUGCAACAGUAAGUUCGGAAACCAGUGGUAUCUAAUCCUCGGGGGUGCCCUUGGCAGUAUUGGUGCUGGAUGCUGGUAUGUUGCGGAGGCCGGAACAAUCCUGACGCUUGCGCCGUCUGGGGCAAGAGGGAAGUACUUGGCUCUUUGGAUUGUGUCUCGGAAUAUGGGACAGCUGGUUGGGGGCACCAUUAAUCUGGCAGAGAAUCAUAUCAAAAGUACGGAUCAUGGAGUGACGCCUGAUACGUACAUUCCGUUCAUUAUCAUUGAGUGUCUUGCUUUCCCAUUCGCCUUCCUCAUCGCCCCCCUCGAAAAGGUCAUCCGAUCUGACGGCACAAAACCCAUCAUGGCCAAGCCCCUUUCCACAAAAGACGAACUAAAAACUCUUUUCAACACCAUCACCUCCAAACUCGUCCUCCUCUCCGCUCUAUGGGCCAUCUGGUCCUUCUUCUACGGUGGCUCCUGGUCCACUUAUCUGGCCUUGUACUUUUCCGUGCGAGCCCGUGCCUUAUCUUCCCUCAUCUCGCCAUUUUUCUGCAUUAUCGGCUGCUUCUGCCUAGGCUUCAUCCUCGACACAAGAUACAUAAGCCAGCGUCGUCGCGCACAAAUCGGUCUCGUGAUCGUCGUCCUUCUCAACAUAGGCGUGUAUAUCUGGUCCAUCGUCAAACAAGUACAAUUCAACCGCCACAAUCCCGGCCGGAUCGACUGGGAUGAUCACCAAUACCCUUCGUCUUUCCUGCCUUAUUUUUUUUCGUAUAUGUAUUGGUUGAUUGCGUCGUUUGGGAGGAGUGCGCAGGAAAACGUCCGCAACGGCGCUGCAUUCCGCUGUAUCGAAGCAGUCGGACAGGCUAUUGCGUAUGGGAUGAAUACCCAAACGCAGGGGAAUCCGCUUGUUGGGUUUUGUGUGACGUUUGGACUGUUGGGGGCUGCUGUACUCCCUAUGGUUGUUUUGGUUAAUCGGACACCGGAGAAUUCCUUACAUGGGGAACAUGCGCAGAGUGGCUUGGAGCAGGGGGGUGAUGUUGGUAAAGGACAGGGUGUGGUUAGUGUUACUGGUGGGGUUGGUGCUAGGAGGUGA